GGACCCUUUCGCUGACGCCGGCGCAACUGCCGGCGCCGCCUGAUGACGCGCCCGUCGGCCGCCUCCGCCACGUCUCCGACUUCGCAAACGCUUGUGGGAGCGAAGCGACAGGACGGGCCGAGAUGGCGGCAGCGGCGGAGUCGCCCGGACACCCGGAGAUAGGAUCGCCCAGGCCCCUGUUUGCAGGCCUUUCAGAUAUAUCCAUCUCACAAGACAUCCCAGUGGAAGGAGAAAUCACCAUUCCCGUGAGAUCUCAGAGUCAAGAGUUUGACAGCUGCACGCUAAAUGAAUCUGUUCAGAAUACCAUUAUGCGUGAUCUCAAAGCUGUUGGGAAAAAAUUCAUGCAUGUUUUGUACCCAAGGAAAAGUAAUACUCUUUUGAGAGAUUGGGAUUUGUGGGGCCCUUUGAUCCUUUGUGUGACACUUGCAUUGAUGCUUCAAAGAGGCUCUGUAGAUAGUGAAAAAGAUGGAGGCCCCCAAUUUGCAGAAGUGUUUGUCAUUAUCUGGUUUGGUGCAGUUAUCAUUACCCUCAACUCAAAACUCCUUGGAGGAAACAUAUCUUUUUUUCAGAGCCUCUGUGUAUUGGGUUACUGUAUACUUCCCUUGACAGUGGCAAUGCUGGUUUGCCGGGUUGUACUUUUGGCUGAGCCAGGACCAAUAAACUUCAUGGUCCGACUUUUUGUGGUGAUUGUGAUGUUUUGCUGGUCUAUAAUAGCUUCUACAGCUUUUCUUGCUGAUAGUCAACCUCCAAACCGCAAAGCUCUUGCUGUUUAUCCUGUUUUCUUGUUUUAUUUUGUCAUCAGUUGGAUCAUUCUCACCUUCACUCCUCAGUAAACCAGGAAACGGAAAUGAAAAGCUAAUGAAUUGAAAACUCACUUAAAAGAUAAAAUUGAUGAUAGAAUUUUACCUCUAGCCUUCUUCUGUGUAAUUUUGGAGGUAUUUGAAAACUGGUCAUGUGAGGAGAUUAUACGGGAGCCAUAAAACACUGUUGCUUCUUAUGUAAGGAACCGAUGUUUGCAGGCUUUUCUUUUUCUCUUCAUAUCAUUUCUUUUGAAUACAUGUGUAUAGUACACGGAGUAAAAUAGCUUCUUAAAGUAUGCUGUAGUUAUCAUGGUCCGUUUGGGUCACAGCCAAUACCUGGGAAGCACAUGCAUGCAUCCUGCAAGUGGAAUAGAGUUGGUAAUGGUAUUUUCACUUUUGAGAACACCUGUUCAGGUGCAGCUCUUAAAACACUGCCUUAUGACUACUAGAAUAAGCCUCUUUUUAUAAAUGAGUGAAUAGUCUGUAUCUGUUUUCUUUAUUUAUUAAUCUUAAAAAGGCUAUCUCAUAGAUUGGGGUGGGGUGAUAUAUAUGUUAAAGGAGAAAAAAUUCACUAACCAAGAUACAGAUUUUGAUCAGAGAAAAUUCUACAUUUCUUACUUUAGAAAAAAAUUAAAGGAUAUCUAAAGAGUCUGUCUCUUUGAUCUUUCUAUAUGGUCACCUUUUUCUGCUAUGCUCAACAGCACCACAGUGACACUAGUUUUUUUUUCUUACUUCCUAGCUCUGAAUAUGCUGGCUGUAAUGUUAGCUGUCAUUGUGUAGUUUUCCUUUGAUUCCUGUGACUGCAUCUCUCAGUAUACUGAUCUUUUAACUUAUUUAAUUAAAAGAACUCAGAAAUUUAGAUUGAUAAUAUUCUAUUGCUUAUUAUAAUGUGGACAUAUUUUCUUAAAGAUAAAAUGAGACAGUUUGGAUACAACAUAGCUAUAAAGGAUUCUCCAUUCUGUGCAACCUCAACUCUUAUUUAGUUAAAUCAGAAGACUACAGUUAACCGUGUGAACAUGGUUAUUGUUCUGAUAACUGAAACAAUUGCAGAACAACCCAGCUGUAGGCCAAGCUGGGUUUCUAACUUUCACUUUUUUCAUACUUGCUGCUUUGCAUGUGCUUUUAGAGUUAGGGGAUAGCAAGUUUUCUUGGUUCUAAACUUCAUUUCUAAAGCUAAUUUGCCCCUCUUUAGAGAAGUAAUUUUUUUCACAUGUGGACAUACUUGUGUUCUCAGCUAUUUGUGCAACCAAGUAUGAAGGCUUUCCAGGGAGGAGCGAUUAGGACAAGCUGACUGAAUUAGAAAAACACCUUUAACGUAGUAUGAGCUGCUGCUGUCUCUUAAUUGCUCAUUGAAGAACUUUUAGUUGAUAAAGAUUAGCGAUUAGCGAUUACAGAAAACAUUCACUGUAAAUAUGAAGUUACUUAUAAUGAUGGAAUUUUUUUACACUUCAUCAUGGAAUUGAAAUUUUCAUUUUAUUUAAAGACAUAGAUGUAUUGUUUAAAAACAUUUCUCCAUUAUCAGAUUAACCAAGUAAACAGCAAUACAAUAAAUUUAAUCAUAGAAUGUUAUUCAAUUACAAAUGUAAUAAGAAGUUGUUCUCUUUUGUCCUAGCCUUGUCAAAAGUUUUUGGUUGUAUAUCUGUAUUCAUUUCAAUUUUCUCUUUUUAAAUUGCUAAAACUUGAGUACAUGGCCAAUGUUUCCGUCUUGAGUUGAAAAAUAUUUUGAAAUAUGUUCCAAUUAUGAAAUUGAUUGUAAGUUAUUGUCAUUUUCCAUUAUCUGAAAAUUUCCAAUUCCCUACUUAAAUUUAUCUUUUCCAAAGUUGUUUCUUAACUUGUCCCAGUGAUUUUGUUAUAAAAAUAAAAGAAAUAGCCAAGCUUCUCAUUAGAGAAUUAAGUUUUUACUGAAUUUUACUCAGGCUAAAUAUUUGGUAAAUUCAUAGGGCCACAACUUGUGGAGAAGAGUUUGUAUGUGUAGAUGAGGAGAAAUUGUACAUAUUGAAUGUUUAGCCAUAGUGUUCAACAUAGUUUGUGAUAUUAUUAAGAAAUGGUUUUAAUUGAUUUAAAUGCAGGUAGAUAAGUGGAAAUUUAAUUUCAUUUCUGAAAAUGAGUGAUCAGUUCGAGUGUAUAGAUAUUUUCUUAACAAAUACUAAAAAGGCAUAUUGCUUUCUUUGAAAAGCUAAAUAUCUGGAAGUUGUAAUCCUGAAUACAGCUUUCCCUGGUUUGUUGCAAAGGCACAUCAGUGGACAGGAAGACAGGAAGAAAGGGGGACUUUAAAAAUGUACACCUAGGGCUGGAGCGUUAGCACAGCAGGUAGGGUUUGCCUUGCAUGUGGCCGACCAGGGUUUGAUUCCCAGCAUCCUAUAAUGGUCCCCCAAGCACCGACAGGAGUAAUUCCUGAAUGCAGAGCCAAGAAUAACUUCAGUGCAACACUGGGGUGUGACCCAAAAAAAAGAAAGAAAUUGUAAACCAUAUUCUAGAAACUGGAGCGUUUCGUGCUUUAGAUGAAAUUCAAGUGUAUGGGCAACAUUACCAAUGAACAUUACAACCAUUGUGGCUUAUCACUUGAUGUUCCAGUUUCUGAGAUUUGAGACACUGCUGUUCAAUUCCUCAGCAAUAAGAAAACUGAAGACUGGUUUUAGUCAAUAUUCAAAUUAUAAAAACCCAAUACAAGGAAACAUUUGAAUGUGUGUUGUAAUUUUAAGUCAUAUACAAAUGGAAUUAUAUCUCUACAUUGUGAUGGGCUUUUUUAUUAUUAGCAAGCUAAGAUCACAGAGAAUGGGACUAAAAACAUUUUACUGUUUGCUGUAUUUUUUAAUAAAGUAACUCACAAAGUGUGACAUGGA